CGGCGCAACUUGCCUGGUCUUUCAUUUGGACCAUCUUCCUUUUUCUUUAUUUUUCGGUUCAUUUUCCUUGGACCCCUUGUUAUUUAAUUCAUUGUCAUAAUGAGUGGAACCGGAGCCCCCCAGGCCGAUGCGGCUAUCUCCAGCAGCGCUGACCGCAUGGUUGGCAUGGAGCACGCUGAAGUGCGCUACUUCACCAGCUACGAUCACCACGGUAUUCACGAGGAGAUGCUGAAAGACGAUGUCCGUACUCGCUCUUACCGUGACUCGAUCUACCAGAACCGCCACAUCUUCAAGGACAAAGUUGUCCUGGAUGUCGGCUGUGGUACCGGUAUCCUGAGCAUGUUCGCUGCUCGUGCUGGUGCCAAGCACGUCAUUGGUGUGGACAUGUCCUCCAUCAUUGAGAAGGCCAAGGAGAUUGUUGCUGUUAACGGCUUGUCCGACAAGAUCACUCUUCUCCAGGGCAAGAUGGAGGAGGUCAACCUCCCCUUCCCCAAGGUGGACAUUAUCAUCUCCGAGUGGAUGGGUUACUUCCUCCUCUACGAGUCCAUGCUGGACACUGUCCUCUACGCUCGUGACACUUACCUUGCUGAGGGUGGCAAGAUCUUCCCCGACAAGGCUACCAUGUACGUGGCUGCCAUCGAGGACGGCGAGUACAAGGAUGACAAGAUCGGAUUCUGGGACAAUGUCUACGGCUUCGAUUACAGCCCGAUGAAGCAGACCGCCCUCACCGAGCCCCUCGUCGACACCGUCGAGAUGAAGGCGCUUGUCACCGACCCUUGCCCUAUCAUCACCUUUGAUCUGAACACUGUCACCGCCGCUGACCUUGCCUUCCGUGUGCCCUACAACCUUACUGCCAAGCGCAGUGACUUCAUCCACGCCAUGAUCUCUUGGUUCGACAUUGAGUUCAGCGCUUGCCACAAGCCCAUCUACUUCUCUACUGGCCCCCACGCCAAGUACACUCACUGGAAGCAGACCGUCUUCUACCUCAAGGACGUGCUCACCAUUGAGGAGGGCGAGCAAGUCUCUGGCUGGAUCGAUAACCGCCCCAACGACAAGAACAAGCGUGAUCUGGAUAUUGACCUCUCCUACAAGUUCGAGAUUAACGAUCCUACUCGCUUCGCUGAGGGCAGCUGCUCCUACCGCAUGUGCUAAUUUUACUGAAUUUAAUUUUUGCUCGUUCUUUUCUACGAUCAUUCGACGCAGUUGCACGUUUUCGGGAAAAUGUUCCGUUGCCAAUGCAAUGCGGCAUAGCAUGGGUAAGGAUCUGCACAGGGCUAUUUAACAUGGCUCCGGCCUCGUUUGUUUCACUGGCGUUUUUUCAUCUGGGUGGCAGGUAAAAGGCAUUUAUGGCGCGAUACGGACAGAUUAUUAUGAAGCUCCUCGACAUCUGGAAUUUCCAAGUAGAUACCCCGAGUCGAUGCUUAGUCUAGCAACUCCGACGCUCUCUUCAUGUCCUUAAGGAAUCAACUUUGUUUUUUUCAAAUUUCUUUAUCCACACUCCACCUUAAU